UUUUUUAAUUUUUUGACCCUGGGAACCAACUUUGGAAGUUCACCCCGGAGUCUGCGUUCCAGUCCCAGCUCCCAGCCAGCCGGGCCCGGCCCCGCGAGUCACCAUGGGAAGCAAAGGUGCCUUCCGGUACCAUUGGCAGAGUCACAAUGUCAAACACAGCGGUGUGGACGACAUGGUCCUCCUGUCAAAGAUCACUGAGAGCUCCAUCGUGGAGAACCUGAAGAAGAGAUACAUGGACGAUUACAUCUUCACCUACAUAGGGUCUGUGCUAAUCUCAGUCAACCCUUUUAAGCAGAUGCCAUACUUCGGAGAGAAGGAGAUUGAAAUGUACCAAGGAGCGGCCCAGUAUGAAAACCCACCUCAUAUCUACGCCCUGGCGGACAGUAUGUACAGAAAUAUGAUCAUCGACAGAGAGAACCAGUGUGUCAUAAUCAGUGGAGAGAGCGGUGCCGGGAAGACAGUGGCUGCCAAAUACAUCAUGAGCUACGUCUCCAGGGUGUCUGGAGGGGGCCCCAAGGUCCAGCACGUGAAGGACAUCAUCUUACAGUCUAACCCGCUGCUUGAGGCCUUCGGAAACGCCAAGACAGUCCGCAACAACAACUCCAGCCGCUUUGGGAAAUACUUUGAAAUCCAGUUCAGCCCAGGUGGGGAACCAGAUGGCGGAAAGAUCUCCAACUUCCUUCUAGAAAAAUCCAGAGUGGUCAUGAGGAACCCUGGCGAGAGAAGUUUCCACAUCUUUUACCAGCUCAUCGAGGGCGCCUCUGCCGAGCAGAAGCACAGCCUGGGCAUCACCAGCAUGGACUACUAUUAUUACCUGAGCCUGUCCGGGUCCUACAAGGUUGAUGACAUCGAUGACAAGCGAGAGCUCCAGGAAACUCUGCACGCCAUGAACGUCAUCGGCAUCUUCGCAGAAGAGCAGACGCUGGUGCUGCAGAUCGUGGCCGGCGUCCUCCACCUGGGGAAUGUCAGCUUCAAAGAAGUGGGGAACUACGCGGCGGUGGAGAGUGAAGAAUUUCUGGCUUUUCCGGCUUACCUGCUGGGGAUUAACCAGGAGCGGCUGAAGGAGAAGCUGACCAGCCGGCAGAUGGACAGCAAGUGGGGUGGGAAGUCAGAGUCCAUCCACGUGACUCUCAACGUGGAGCAGGCCUGUUACACCCGGGACGCGCUUGCCAAGGCCCUUCACGCCCGCGUGUUUGAUUUCUUGGUGGAUUCCAUCAACAAAGCCAUGGAGAAGGACCACGAAGAAUAUAACAUAGGCGUCCUGGACAUCUAUGGCUUUGAAAUAUUCCAGAAAAAUGGCUUCGAACAGUUUUGCAUCAAUUUUGUGAACGAGAAGCUCCAGCAGAUAUUUAUUGAGCUGACAUUAAAAGCAGAACAGGAAGAGUAUGUUCAAGAAGGAAUACGGUGGACACCCAUCGAAUACUUCAAUAAUAAAAUUGUGUGCGACCUCAUAGAGAAUAAAGUGAACCCUCCAGGCAUCAUGAGUAUUCUGGAUGAUGUGUGCGCAACCAUGCAUGCUGUGGGUGAAGGAGCCGAUCAGACACUGCUCCAGAAGCUCCAGAUGCAGAUUGGGAGCCACGAACACUUCAACAGCUGGAACCAAGGCUUCAUUAUUCAUCACUACGCUGGCAAGGUAUCAUACGACAUGGAUGGCUUCUGUGAACGGAACCGCGAUGUUCUCUUCAUGGAUCUGAUCGAACUCAUGCAGAGCAGUGAGCUGCCUUUUAUAAAGUCCUUAUUUCCUGAAAAUCUGCAAGCCGACAAGAAAGGACGCCCAACAACGGCUGGAAGCAAAAUAAAGAAACAAGCCAACGACCUUGUCAGCACCCUGAUGAAAUGCACACCCCACUAUAUUCGCUGCAUAAAACCAAAUGAAACCAAGAAGCCCAAAGACUGGGAAGAGAGCAGGGUAAAACAUCAAGUAGAAUAUCUGGGUCUGAAAGAAAAUAUCCGCGUGAGAAGAGCGGGCUAUGCCUAUCGGCGUAUCUUCCAGAAAUUCCUGCAGAGGUACGCCAUCUUGACCAAAGCCACCUGGCCCACGUGGCGAGGAGAUGAGAAGCAGGGCGUACUCCACCUGCUGCAUUCAGUCAACAUGGACAGCGACCAGUUUCAGCUGGGGAAGAGCAAGGUGUUCAUCAAAGCCCCGGAGUCUUUAUUUCUUCUAGAAGAGAUGAGAGAGAGAAAGUACGAUGGGUAUGCCCGGGUAAUACAGAAAUCCUGGAGAAAAUUCGUGGCCCGGAAGAAAUAUGUCCAAAUGAGGGAAGAAGCCUCAGACCUAUUGUUGAAUAAGAAGGAGAGGAGGAGAAACAGCAUUAACCGGAACUUCAUCGGGGACUACAUUGGAAUGGAGGAACACCCAGAGCUCCAGCAGUUUGUGGGCAAGCGAGAGAAGAUCGACUUUGCUGACACGGUCACCAAGUAUGACAGGCGGUUCAAGGGUGUCAAGCGAGACCUGCUCCUCACCCCCAAGUGCAUGUACUUGAUUGGACGAGAAAAGGUCAAGCAAGGCCCAGAUAAAGGCCUUGUGAAGGAGGUCCUGAAGCGGAAGAUUGAGAUGGAGCGAAUCCUGUCGGUGUCCCUCAGCACCAUGCAAGAUGACAUUUUCAUUCUCCAUGAGCAAGAAUACGACAGUUUGCUUGAAUCUGUCUUCAAAACUGAAUUCUUAAGCCUCUUAGCAAAGCGUUAUGAGGAGAAGACUCAGAAGCAGCUACCUCUCAAAUUCAGCAAUACGCUUGAAUUAAAGUUGAAAAAGGAGAACUGGGGUCCCUGGAGUGCGGGGGGCUCCCGGCAAGUGCAAUUCCACCAAGGCUUCGGCGACCUGGCCAUCCUGAAGCCCAGUAACAAAGUGCUGCAGGUCAGCAUCGGACCUGGGCUGCCCAAAAACUCCCGUCCCACUAGAAGGAACACCAUCCAGUGCCGAGGACGUCCUGGCGGGACUCAGACCGCCAACUACCCAAUGAGGGCCGCGCCUCCUCCCCCAGGAUAUCACCAAAAUGGCAUCAUCAAAAACCAAUUUGUGCCACAACCCCACGCCCCUGGGAACCAAAGGUCCAAUCAGAGAAGCCUGUACACCUCCAUGGCCCGCCCACCUCUGCCCCGGCAACAGUCCACAGGCUCAGACCGCGUGUCCCAGACGCUGGAGAGCCUGGAUUUCCUCAAGGUGCCAGACCAAGGUGCUGCUGGUGUUCGGAGACAGACGACCAGUCGGCCUACCCCAGCAGGGGGCAGACCCAAGCCCCAGCCCAAGCCCAAACCUCAGGUGCCCCAGUGCAAGGCUUUGUAUGCCUACGACGCUCAGGAUACGGAUGAGCUCAGCUUCAAUGCCAACGACGUCAUUGACAUUAUCAAAGAAGAUCCUUCUGGCUGGUGGACCGGCCGACUGCGUGGCAAACAAGGCCUGUUCCCCAACAACUACGUGACCAAGAUCUGAGGCACCCAGAGACUCCAGCAAGAGACAGAGGUGCUCUAGACGCAGACUUGAGAGCAUUUGGUGGGGGGGACUCUCCCCACCCCAACUCUUCUGAUCCACAGUGAGCAAUUACUUACUUCUCCAAGGCCUGGAACCAUUCUACCACCUUCCCCUAAGAAGACAUGGAGAACUGUGGCUUCCGGAAUAGGGAGCUGUCACUUGUAAGUGACCCAAAAAGAUUAAAAGCAGCCUGGUUGUAGGAACCAGCAGGGCAAAGCAGCACAAGGUUUCCUAAGAUUUAUUUAUUGUAUUUAAACCCGGUGAAUGGGAAGAGAGGGAAGGCUCUCUGACCAGUGCCUGGAGUUGAAGAGCACAUUUCUUUCCUCCUUUUCAUUUCCCUCCCCUCCCACCCACCCCCCACCCACCCACCCAAUAACAUUCCUAUCUGCAUCUUCCCUCAGGGAGGGCUGGGUGAGAAUGGACACUCACCACCUCAAGGUCAAGGGUAGGCUGGCUUACCUGUGCCAGGGGGCGGGGCUGGGAGCCUUGCUUUAUCUCUGGGUCUUCGAUUGGAAUUUGGCUGGCCCAUGUUGGUUUCUGCGUGUCUGUGUGUCAUGCUGUACUUCUAUUACAAGAAGGAUCUUUCUUUGCUCAAGCUGUACAUUUAUAAAAAGAUUAUACUGUAUGUGUGUGUAUAUAUAUAAAUAUAAGAAAAUCAGAUGAUAGAAACGUGUAUGAAUGUAUUCACUAUUCCACUGUACUCAUUCCCAAAGGUAAGGUUUCAUGCCAGAUCUCCCACCCAGGUACUUACUGAAACCCCCACUGCUUUCCAGCUCAGUCCCAACAGACCCUUUCCCUGGGAGGUCUUUCUUUUUUCCCUAGGACCACCCCCUACCUCCUAAAUGAAUAAAGAAAUCAAUGACCAUCCAA